AUGGCAGAAACCAAGAAGCAGGAGAAGGACUAUAGCAAGGAAGCAGAUGUGAUAAUUCCUCAGGCAAAGAGCCUCGCCGGAGCCGGGAAGAAGAAUGAUGCUAUCGACAAGCUUCUAGUUAUAGAGAAACAAAGUAGAAAUGCUGCAGACCCUGCAACUACAACACGCGUUCUCUCUGCAAUUAUUAACAUACUAUACGCUUCGAAAGAUUAUGAAGGGCUCAAUAAUCAAAUAGCGACGCUCAGCAAAAAGCAUGGCCAAUUAAAAGAGCCAAUCAAGGCUAUGGUUGAGGAGGCUGCGGGUUGGUUGGACCAUCUGAAAACAGAGGCUGGUGAAGACAGAUGGUUGGAUCUACUCCAGACGCUCCAAUCUGUUACAGAAGGGAAGGUUCAUCUCGAAACUCCAAGAGCUCGACUGACGCUUAUCCUUUCGAAAUGGCACGAGAACCUCUUCCACACCGAUACGACAUACACCCCGAAGCCGACCACGGCGAUUUCAAGCCCUUCUCCCAUCUCCCCACGCGAUUCCCUCAUUGCAGCGUCAGAUCUUCUUUCGGAGCUGCAAGUAGAGACAUAUUCAUCAAUGGAACGGAGGGAGAAGACGGAGUUUAUUCUCGAGCAAAUGAGACUUCUUGUCACAGCUGUGGCCAGCCUCGACGGGGAUGCAGAGUGGCUCAAGGUUCGCGUCGGAGGGAGAAAGGUACCGGAAAUCUUCCUGACAGAGGAAGGGAAUGAAGAGCUCAAGUUCAAGUAUUAUGACCUCAUGAUUCAGCAUGCCCUGCAUUCUUCCUCGUACCUAGAUGCAGCCAAGUAUUACUAUAAACUAUGGGAGACGCCAUCCGUCAAGGCCGACGAACAAGAAAAGGGCAAGGCAACUCUUGAGAACAUCAUUUGCUUCAUUGUGUUGGCUGAACAUAGCAAUGAGCAGUCGGACAUGCUUCAUCGUCUAUAUAUUAAUCCGGCACUUGCUAAGCUGGAUCUACAUUACAAUCUUGCAAAGUGCUUCGUCACUCGUGAACUCAUGCGAUGGCCUGGGAUAGAGACGAUAUAUGGACCGUCAUUGCGUGUCACGCCAAUAUUUGGAACCUCAUCAGAAGGGGACAAGCGUUGGAAUGAUUUGCAUUCUCGGGUUAUCGAACACAAUAUUCGAGUAAUCGCACAGUACUACACUCGGAUACGAUUACCUCGCUUAACGGCCCUCCUAGACUUAACACCUCGUGAGACGGAGGAGACUCUCAGCCGACUUGUUGUUUCUGGUUCCGUCUAUGCCCAAAUUGAUCGGCCGGCAGGGAUCGUGUCAUUCCGGGGGCGAAAAAGCGCGGAGGAUGUCAUGAAUGAGUGGUCAAAUGAUGUGCAAAAGUUAAUGACUCUCGUUGAGAAGAGUUGGAUGGGUAUGAAUGCUGCUCUGGCUUCGAGGGCGAAGUAGAUUCAAUCUGCUAGAGUAUGUAAUGCCAAAACCACUUUGCACUGAUGCGGGCAAGGGAUGUCGCCGCGCUUGCACGGCGGUGGGCGCAACAAAGUGAUACAAUUAAGCUAAGGAUCAGAAACACAGUAUUACUGGCGGAACAUGAACUGGAAUGAGUAUUCUUUUGUGUCUG